AGCAGCAGCAGCAGCAGCAGCAGCAGCAGCAGCAGCAGCAGCAGCAGCAGCAGCAGCAGCAGCAGCAGCAGCAGCAGCAGCAGCAGCAGCAGCAGCAGCAGCAGCAGCAGCAGCAGCCAGCAGCAGCAGCAGCAGCAGCAGCAGCAGCAGCAGCAGCAGCAGCAGCAGCAGCAGCAGCAG